AACAACAUGGCGACCAAAAUAGAUCUUGGGCAUGAUAUGCCGGAAGCUAAAGUUGAUCAUUUGCCACCAUCAGGCCCAAAGUAUAACAAUGAAUAUCAAAAGGAAUUUCAUUACCGAGGGAAGCUAUUCUGUUCAACAGCUAAUCGACUCAGAAAUCUGUGUCAACAACCAAGAAGGGAUGCUUUCACUGAAUCCUUUAUGAGGGAUGAAGACAUAAUAUCAGAUGAACUAUCCAGUAGAUCGGUUUAUAGACCACAAACCUCCUCAAAACCUAGCAGGCCUCGUAGGAUACAGAGCGCCAAGGGCAGACUAGAGAAGCGACAAGACUGUGAAGAGACAGAUUCACCAUGUUUAGAAAAGUCUGGAAGUCAAGUAUCGGUAGUCGACAUGAACCUAAAUGUACACAUUCCAAAAAAAACUAAACCAAAGCGUCCACAAAGUGCUUCGUUUGUAAGUCCCCCCAAAAGUGACAGAUCUGGACCAUCUUCAACAUGUUCCAGUAGACCUUGUUCUGCUAAAUCAGCCCUUGGUCAACAGGUCUCAGGAGAAACUGUCGACAAUGAUGGAGUCAAGCCUUCAGUGUUUGGGUUGAAGUUUAAGAGACAGGUGUUUGGUAGUGACCCAGGUAUUUUCUCCAGUACUGAAGAUCUGACGAGCAAAGGUUUUCCAUACGUACUGUCCGGUGACAGUGGCAAGACGAACAAGGAUCCUGAUAAAAACAUCAGGUCCAUGCCUGCGUGUUUAGAGCCACUGAGGCCCUGGCUGAAUACAAAUAUAUCGAAAGAUGUGAUUGGUGUGGACCCAGCAACUUGUCUGGUAUUUCUUGCGGGCUGUUUUGACGAUCUCCCAGAAGUACCACCACCCCAGGGUGCUGAGGAUGUACUGGCUUGUCAUGGUCAACUCCCACUGGAAAACCCUGCGCCGCAUAAGAAAUACAGUCAUCCUUUUUACAACAGGAAACUGCCUGCAGAGUGGGAGUGUAAUCACAGAUGUCGACUGCUCACGAAGAUCUGUACUGAAGAUGGCACUGUUCUACAUGUGAGGUACGAAGGCAGCAGAACAGCUGAUGUUGUCAGAAAGGAAGUUCAAGAACUGGAAAAUCUCCUGCUUGGAAUUGGCAGCUAUGACAGUGAGUGCAUGAUGGUGCAGUACCAGGCCGACAUCACCCGACUGAGAGAAAUGGUGGACACCACUCUUUCAAAGGUCCCAGAUAGGAUCAAGAAUCCACCGGAACCACCCGACACGUUUGGGUUACGGAAGUUUUGUAAGGAGCAUGACAAGAUUGUACAGCAGAUCAAAGACCAGCAUAGACUCUGUAUACAGGAGCUUGCCAUGCUGGAGAGUGGCAUGGAUCUAGAGGAGACUCAGAAAUAUUUCUCAAACCAUGGUCUCUAUGUCCAAGUUCCCUCCUGAUCUGAUACAGCUUGUGGCCUUUCACCCUGAUGUUGGAAAUUGCAGAGAUGUUGCAUGUCACAACACAAAACAAAGAUCUCAGCGCUUUAAUCACAACUUGUACCCUUCUCACCAUGUUGGAACUUAAAGGAGUGAUACAUCUUUUUACAAACGUUAAUCUAAGCAUUUGUAGUUGCUGGUCCACCUGGUCACCAUGGUGGAACGUGAAGUGGUAUGUCAUGGAGUGGAGUGGUAUGUCAUGGAGUGGAGUGGUAUGUCAUGGAGUGUAGUGGUAUGUCAUGGAGUGGAGAGGUAUGUCAUGGAGUGUAGUGGUAUGUCAUGGGGCAGAGCAGUAUGUCAUGAACAGGAGUGGUGUGUCAGGGGGGGAGAGGUAUGUCAUGAAGUGGAGUGGUAUGUCAUGGGGAGGGGAGAGGAGAGGUAUGUCAUGGAGUGGGGUAGAGCAGUAUGUCAUGAAGUUGAGUGGUAUGUCAUGGGGAGGGGAGAGGAGAGGUAUGUCAUGGAGUGGAACGGUGUUUCAUGGAGAGGAGUGGUAUGUCCUGAAUUUGAGUUGUGUGUCAUGGAGAGGAGUGGUAUGUCAUUGAGUGGAGUGGUAUGUCAUGGAGUGGAACGGUGUGUCAUGAAGAGGAGUGGUAUGUCAUUGAGUGGAGUGGUAUGUCAUGGAGUGGAACGGUGUGUCAUGGAGAGGAGUGGUAUGUCAUUGAGUGGAGUGGUAUGUCAUGGAGUGGAACGGUGUGUCAUGGAGAGGAGUGGUAUGUCAUUGAGUGGAGUGGUAUGUCAUGGAGUGGAACGGUGUGUCAUGGAGAGGAGUGGUAUGUCCUGAAGUGGAGUGGUGUGUCAUAGAGAGGAGCGGUAUGUCAUUGAGUGGAGUGGUAUGUCAUGGAGUGGAACGGCGUGUCAUGGAGAGGAGUGGUAUGUCCUGAAGUGGAGUGGUGUGUCAUAGAGAGGAGCGGUAUGUCAUUGGGUGGCAUGAUUUGUCACUACACUAGUGCUGAUUGCAUGAUUUUGCACAAUUGAUACCCCAAGCUCCAUUGUAAUGUAGAUGUUGUUUCCUAGGUGUUAAUUUGAAGGUAGUUGAAGCAAAGAUUGCUUGUUUUGACAGUCAGGUCAAAUGAAUAAAGAAAUCUAAUUACCAGUUUAUUGGGACCUACUGUGGUUAAAUAACAUACAGUAAAUGUAAUGGAAUGGAGUGGUAUGUCAUGUUUGUUUGUUGUUCAUUGUGGAGCUUAGAAACAUUCAAGCUCUUAUUCCAUAACACACCAAACUGAUUACGUAUGUAUAUGACAUGUACAUAUAGAAAUAGUAUGGGCAUAUCCCAGUGUCACUAUCUAAAGUUGAUAAGUAUAGAACCAGGGAGUAGCCCCUCCAACAUUCAUUAUCCAACAGAGCAUAUGUUUCUGAAGGUCACCUGUGGCAACUGGUAUCCCACGUAAAGUCAGUUUCAAAAUAUCUUGUUACUCAUAUUUUUUUAAAUAUGACUGGGUAGUGAUGGAUUGUAUUUGUAUCCAACAAAGACAGUAAUGGAAAGAUGAGAUACCUUUUGUGUUGGUCCCAAAUGUUCUAGUUUCAGAGAUCAGGUCUCUGAGAGUUUCAUUAGAAUGUUAACUUAUUGAUUUUAUGGUGCUUGAAUAGUAAAGAGUGCUUAUUGCUUGUAGCUCAUGUUAUAUAUGAUAUUUGAUACAAAUGUUUUCUACUUGAUUUUUAGUAGAUGAAUACUCAGUGCAAACAGAAAUAUUUUGUAAUGAUUUUAUUUGAACCCUAUUUUGACAUGACUAUUUUAUACUGAAUUAUAGUCAUCAUCAUAAUGUCUACCUAUUCCAAAUGGGUGGAGCAUAUUAUGUUUGUUUUCAUGCUCUUGAUAUAUAAAUAUAGACAAUUGUGGAUUAGAUAGUCAGUAUGGCUGCUGAAUAUGAUUAGUACAUUCAGAUGGUUGAGGAAUAACAAGCUGUGUUACCUAGGCAACUAGCAAUUACAUACACCGCGAUGUUGGUUUGUCUUGUUCAGGUUGUUGGCGGAUGUUAUACAGCUGUAACAUUGGAGGUGUUCACACACACACACACAUUUAUUUUUUACUGGCGUUUGUCUUUUGGGCCAGCAUAAUUGUCCGACUUUGCUGUUCAGCCUAUCUAGUAUAUUGUCUGUUAUAUGAAAUACAUGAUUUUCAAUUUAAAUAAGAGUUUUAAAUCGAACAGGGAAUCCUACCAGUUGAGUAUCAAUGUAGUGAUUGUAUAUGUUACAACAUCAGCAAAUUAACAGCUGCAUAGUUUUCCCAAAGUAAAAAUAUAUAACCAAUGAAAUUGUCUAACUAAUGCUUUCCUAACAUUUGAUUGGAUAGAAAUACAAAAGUAUUUUAACUUAACAGAAAUCAUUGGUCCAUUGGUAGCUUUGGCAAUAAGAUCUGAUUUUAAUGAGAUCAAUCAGAAAUUGGUUUCUUCCUUUACAAUUAUUCCAAGGUCAAGUUAUUAACAAGAUAUUUGGGCAUGAGCAAUUAUAUCAACAAUAAUCAAUAAAUUGAUUUUCUAUACUUGAAACUUAUUUUCGAGGAGCAUACAUAAUUUUCUUAAUGUACUUUCAUGCCAACUGAAACAAAAUCAGCAAGUAGGUUAUUGAAACAAAAGUCAAUGCAAUUAAUUCUGAAUCCAAAUAAGAAAUAGAAAAAUACAAGUGCACAACAAAAUUACUUCACAAAGUGCAUUCACACAUGUAACAAACACACUGCUAUAUCACGUCAUGAAAAAUAGGAAAGAAUAUUAGUUAUUUAAAUUUGUGUUGCUACACUGAAGUACUUCAGAAAGAAAUAGGAAAUCUUGAGGCUGAUGAAGAUGUAUAACCUACAGCUGAGAGUAGCAUGGAUUCUUUAUUAACUGCUUUAGCUUGUACAGUUCUUGCCACUGCCAAAGAUGCAGAAAACCAGUCUAGUCAUGAGACAUAUAGUACCAUAGUUGCAUUACUGGUAGACUAGUUAUCACUUAGGAAUUGUUUGGUUGAAUAUUGGACACCAAAUAUGUUCUUGAUACCCACUUAGAUCAGGCCAUAAUAAAUUAAUUAUUCAAUAUAUUUUUCUCAAGUACUUAUGAACAUAAUAACAUUUGCAGUGUGUGUACUGAUUAACUACACUGUAUAUAUGUAGUCCUACCAACAUGCCUGCUUCAUGUGAAUCCCAUCAGUUAGCACUUGAUAUAUGCAGAUGCAUUGAAUAGUUGGUCUUUAAAAAAUAACAUACAAAAAUUAAAAGGCCUCCUGGCUUAUAUUUUUCAAGAUUGGGAUGAAAAUCGAAUAAUUUAUUCAUUGUGACGUUAUCAUAAACCGCCUGUAGUCCCUGAAUCCAUGUUUUUUACCUUAUUAUGUUUUACACAAGUUAGAUAUUAUAAAAGGGAAUCAGUUUAACUUUCUAUUGUUAUACAUCAUCCUUGAUGAAUAAACAUUGUGAAAAAUGA